AUGCCCGCAGCCGUGGUGGUGCCGCCACCGGAACUGCGCAGGACCAUCCUGCGCGUAUUCACCACCAAACACUCGCUGCAGCUCCAUUCGUCCGCCAUCACGUUUAUCGCCUCGACGCUCGCCGAACACGGCCUGCUCGACCAGCCGCUCGAGUGGGAGGAGGCCAUCGAUGCGCUCGCACAGGGCGUCGUCGACAACCAGGCGGACCUCGAUCCGCACGCCCCCUCCGGCUCGCGCUCGGCCCUGCAGGCACGUAGCGCUGCACAUGCUGCCGACGACCCGGAUGCGGGCACGGAUGUGGUGACUGCCGCCGCACUCGAAAAGGUCUACUCGCGCCUGGUCGUUGCGGACUCGGCAGCGCAUACGCAGCCUGGAAGCAUGUCGGCUGCUACCGGCGGCGCGCAUCGACAUCCACACGAGCUUACCGACGGCGAGCUGCCCGACCCGCACCGCUACUUUGGCGUGCACUCGGCGUUGAGCCAGCCCAAGCUCGCCUUCGAUCCCAUCCGCAAGGUGUUUGAACCGGCCUCGGUGGCGUCCACUGUGCUCCCGAUGGCAUCUGCGCGCUCCGCUUUCCCGCGCCAGCGCUUCCACAUCCUCAAGAGCGUCGUGCUGCGCAACGAGAACUUCUGUCCGCCGCUCGCCAUCCCCGCCGCAGGCUCGUCAGCAAAGGCCGAGCCGGACUCCUUCAUGAAGCUCACCUCGACCAAGAACUUGCUCGGCCGCCAAGGCCAGCGGUUCCUGCUGUUCGGCAUGCUGAGUACAUCGUCCGAUGGCAGGUAUGAGCUCGAGGAUGCCGAUGGAUGUGUGGGGUUGGAUCUCGAACACGCCAUUGCGGGCGAGGGCAUCUUUACUGAGGGCAGCUUCAUCCUGGUCGAGGGCGAGUAUACGGUGGAGGAGCGCAUCCGCGUGUUUGCGAUUGGUCAUCCGCCGAGCGAGACGCGCAAGCAGGCGAGGGCGAUGCAUGCGCAUACCGACUUUCUCGGUGCGCCACAGCCACCGGUCGUCGCACCUGCCUCGGCAGCCAGUAGGAGCGCUGCUGGCUCGUGGAGGGGAGCCAUAUCGGUCAAGGACGAGGCGGCAUUUGCGGUGCACGAGGCGAACCACUCGGAUCUGUGCUUUGCCAUCUUUAGCGACGUGCAUCUCGACCAUGCCAAGACGCUCGUGGCGCUCGCGGCGGUGCUGCAGGGCUAUGUGGAUGCCGAGUUCAUCCCGUUCGCGCUCGUGCUGUGCGGCAACUUUGCCAGCCACCAGGUGAGCUCCGACGACUUGGUCGAACGAUACCAGGCCGGGUUCGCUGCGCUUGCAGACACCCUCGUCAGCUUCCCCGCCGUGCUGCGCAAGAGCCACAUUGUGCUGGUGCCGGGACCGCAGGAUCCGUUCCACACCUCGCUCGUGCCGCGUCCGCCGCUGCCGCAACUGCUCGUCCAGCCGCUGCUCACCCGGCUCGCGCCGCUCGGCGCGACCGUGCAUUUGGCUUCGAAUCCGUGUCGCAUCUCGUACUUCUCCCAGCACAUUGUCGUGUACCGCGACGACACCAUGACGCGCUUCCUGCGCAAUACGGUCAAGAUCAAGGACGACGAGUUGGACACCGACCAGCGCGAGCGCGAGGAGCGAGACCUCAAGAAGUUCCUCGUGUCCACAGUGUUGGACCAGGCCCAUCUUGUGCCGCUCGCCCAGAGGACCAGACCCGUCAUGUGGGACCACGACCACGCUCUCAGCCUCUAUCCCAUGCCAACCGCCCUCGUGUUGGCAGACGCAUACGAUCGGUACGAGCUCACCUACGAGGGAUGCCACGUGGUCAAUCCGGGAUCGUUCCGCAUCGGCAGCUCGUUUGCGUGGUCAACGUACUAUCCUGCUUCGCAUCGAUCCGAGCCGAGCGAGUUGCCUUCGAUAUGA